CCUAAAGGGGUCGAAAUGCUCCCUCUUGAUUGGCUCUCGGUCUGUCAAUCAUUCCCAGUGACGUCAGCAGCAGCGCCACACUGGGUUGUUGAGGAGGAGUGGGCGACGAGGAGGGACCACCACUAGGGAAAAAAAAAUAGCAAAAUCGAUAAAAUGCGCGGACAAAAGGGGUCCGUUUAACUGACAGCAACUUUUUGUCGCAUCUUUCGGGAUUCGUUGCGGAUUUGUUUCCCAGGAAUGAAGAUUUUUUGUCUGUUUUAUUUAUUUAGUUGGCUGCAAUUCCAGGGAUGGCUGGCUGAGCUAGCCUAGCCUGCUAACAGCUAGCCUGUCACUGGGCGCCUCAGUGUGGGAGAGAACUGCUCCGAGUGCGUGCUCUUCUGUGGAUUCAGUCUCUGGAAGACUUUCAUCUGGACAUUUAGGACGGCUCACCGGCGUGAAUGGACACUUUAGUCAAACGUGGGUUGUCGGUGCGAGGGCGAACCGUCCAGUGUUGGUUUUUGGGGCGGCUAGGCUUCUAGUCGGCCGGGCGAUCAGCAACAGUGCAGCCUUUCUUUUUAUUAAUCGUUCAUUUCAGGUACGCCUAGAUUUGAGCUCAUUUUUUCUGAAAAUGCCAGCUAUCUAAAACGUUAGCCCUAAUAGAAAGCAUUAAAUAAUAGCAGUUCAUUGGAUAAUUCAGCCCCAAAUAUGAAUAUUUGCACAUGUAGGAGCGGCCGAAAGUGCUGCUCCACGCUGCAUUAUCGGUGAUCUGCUCGGGUUUUCCCGAACGGAAAGCUGUCAACAUUUGACAGCACUUUGCAUCAGUCAGCGGAGGCCACAUUCUGCCCCACAUCAGGUUAGGAUAGAACUGAAACUGAAAACACUUUCUCGCACAGACAGGAAUUUUCUUUUUUUUUCACUCCUCGUAAGGCGUCGCACGGCGAACCUGUUGAGACAGGCAGUUCCAGCUCAUGCAGGGAUGACUUUAGACUCCAUGAUGGCUUGUUGCCUGAGUGAGGAGGCGAAGGAGUCCAAACGGAUCAACGCCGAGAUCGAGAAGCAGCUCCGACGAGAUAAGAGAGAUGCGAGAAGGGAGCUGAAGCUGCUGCUGCUGGGUACCGGAGAAAGCGGCAAGAGCACCUUCAUCAAGCAGAUGAGGAUAAUCCAUGGCUCCGGCUACACAGAAGAGGACAAGAAGGGCUUCACCAAACUGGUCUACCAGAACAUCUUCACCUCCAUGCAGGCCAUGAUCCGCGCCACGGAGAACCUCAACAUCCCCUACAAGUAUGAAGAGAACAAGAAAAAUGCCCUGCUGGUGCGGGAGGUGGACGUGGAACAGAUCUCCAGAUUCGAGCAGCCGUACAUUCAGGCAAUAAGGAUGCUGUGGUCGGACCCCGGCAUCAUGGAGGCGUACGACCGCAGGAGAGAGUACCAGCUGUCAGACUCAACCAAAUAUUACUUAAGCUGCUUUGAUCGAAUAGCGUGCCACGGGUACGUGCCCACGCUGCAGGACGUGCUGCGGGUUCGAGUGCCUACCACGGGCAUCAUUGAGUACCCGUUUGACCUGGAGAAUAUUGUCUUCAGGAUGGUUGAUGUUGGGGGUCAGAGGUCAGAAAGGAGGAAGUGGAUCCACUGCUUUGAGAACGUCACCUCCAUCAUGUUUCUAGUGGCGCUCAGCGAGUACGACCAGGUGCUGGUGGAGUCGGACAAUGAGAAUCGUAUGGAGGAGAGCAAAGCUCUGUUCAGGACCAUUAUUACAUAUCCGUGGUUCCAAAACUCCUCCGUAAUUCUGUUCCUGAACAAGAAGGAUCUGCUGGAGGAGAAGAUCAUGUAUUCUCACCUGGUCGACUAUUUCCCAGAGUUUGAAGGUCCGCAGCUGGACGCCCAGGCCGGCCGGGAGUUCAUCCUGAAGAUGUUCGUGGACUUGAACCCCGACGUGGACAAGAUCAUCUACUCGCACUUCACCUGCGCCACAGACACGGAGAACAUCCGCUUCGUGUUCGCCGCCGUCAAAGACACCAUCCUGCAGCUCAACCUCAAAGAGUACAACCUGGUGUGACGGAGCGACCACACAAACACGCACACGCCGUGCUUUGAGUUUACUUCCAGAGACGCACAUCUGCAUGAGGCGGGCUCCGCUCCGACUAACCCCUUUCUGUCCACCGUUUACUCCACUUUUAGAAGACUCAUCCGUUCGGAGGUUUUACUAAUUGCUCCUUUUGCACACGUGAACUCUGAAAUCUGAUUGGCUGCAGCUCUCCCUGCUUCAUUUUGGCUACACACUCCGACUAGAAUCGACACUACAUGAUGUUUUGGACUCGGGACGGUUUGGUGCCUCGAGGGCUUUCCCUGAGAAGACGAAGCUUUGACGGACAGAAGGCUCCCGGAGUUUGCGCUCUCCUGGAUUCUGCUCGGCGAAGGGUAACGCAUUCGCUUUGCUUUUCAACCCCGCCCUCAAGAAAAGGAAUGUAAAUAAGUGUGGAUGUGCUUUACCGGGACGUUUCUCUUCGUUUUCAGCAGAAGUAACUGGAGUGUUUGACAGGAUUUCUGCGUUUUUUGAGGGUUUUUUUCUGAAUUUGCCCCCUAAUUUCCCGUCACGUCAGCAUGCAGAGCAACGAGUGUUUACAUCCGAGCUUCACAAGCCAAAUUUCCUGUACAUACAUUUUGGUGAUUAUGUUGACGUGGCUCAGACGAUAAAAAGCGCUGCCGUCAUCCAAAUCCGAGGCAAAGCGUCGACUCGUGCGGUCGUGUGGCAUUCCAGUCCGUCAGCAGCCGUCUGAGUGUUAAAGUACUGUGAUUACUUCUUUGGUUUCCCAAAUCGGGUCAUUCGAUGAUGGCGACGAUUUUGUACGUCGAGUUUAUCAGUCGGAUGGACGCGAUUUAGGUUUUUUUUUUUUGGCUUUUGCAACGUCUGAGAUAAAGGAUUUUGUACUGCUGUAAAAUAUCAACACUAUUUUAUGGAAAGUGUUCUUUCUGACGACACGUCCUAUAUUUAGUUUCAGACCUGACGGAAGAAAAGCGUCGGUCAGGUUUGUGCUUUAUGCAAAAAGUAAACAAAAAACACUUGGUGGUUGAA